AUGUCGCGGUCUCCGUUUUGUCCUCGCUCCGGAAGAAGAAAUCCGACACGAGGCUUUCAUUUUUGCUCGAAUUCUUCUCUUCUCCUCGCGUACAACUCCCUUCUGCGGCUGCUCUUUUUUCCGUCAUCAAAUGUCGUGCCGGUCUUUCCAGUAUUGUUGAGGAAGAGCAACUACGCGCAGAUCGAUUGGAUCUCGGCGAGCGACUAUGAGCUGGGGCUGGAGGGGGGAAUUCCCGAGGUCAUCAUGGAAGACUUUGCGGCGGCAGAGCAGGUGCGCCGAGUUCAGGGCCGGGAGAGCGUUUGGGGCGACCGGCUGACACCCACGGAGCGGACGCACUUUGUGCCUUUUUUGCCCCAGCACGGCCGCACCGGCGCGCGACGCCAGGACAUGGAGGCGCUAACGCAACGCAUGCGCAACGUGCAGGACUACCGGCGGAGAUUGAUCUUCUCCGGCAGCUACGCGGUUUUGUCCAACCACGAUCGGGCGACCCCGGUCGUCGUUUUUGACAAGACCCGCCGGGUCGCGCUGCCGUGGGAGCAGUUUGUCGGCGAGUUUUCCCGGCACCUGGCGGAGGAGUUUGGAUCCGUGCAGUUUUACGUGGGCACCGGCCGCGACCGCGACCCCAGUCGCCCGGUCGCGCUUGACUUGACCUACUCCUGCACCUCCACCGUGACAGCGCUGCGUCACGCGGACGCGGGCGACGGCACGACGCUGAAGCUGGGCGGCGAGCUGCUGGUCCAGGUGGAGCACAACAGUGCGCACGGUAGUGGUGCUAUCACCGCCAGCAUGGCUUUUGUCGAGGUGAACAACGUGCGCGUAGUCGGUCGCACCGUGGGCGUUUUGCAGUCCAUGCUAGGCGGGCAAAAUGCGUUCGGUGCGGAUCGCAUUCCAAGCCCGUCAAACAUUAUCAAUCCAAAUCCGAUGAUCACGAAAACCGUGACAAUCCAGAACGUGCGGCCUUUCUACUGGCACCAGCAGGUGGCGCGGGGAAACCUGUACAGCCUCGCGAACUGUUUCAACGCGGUUUCCCCCGCUGGCGCGUACCACGCGGGGCUGGAGAUGCGGUCGGUCCCGUUCGGGCAACUGAACAACCCAAACGAGGAGCGGGACCAGAGUGCCUCCUAUCUCCACGCGCUCGGCGUGUACACAAACGCACUAGAAGAGCAGAAAAUGGGGCUUUUCCGGCUCACGAGUAGCCCGGAGCAGCAGCAACGUCGGAACUCAUUCGAACAUUUCGGGAAACGCGCACGGGACUUUUCCGACUAUCCCUUGCUGUGGGCCCCCAUGGCUUUGCCCAUGGGCACGAUCGACAGAAACGAGGUCUGCACCUGGAAUUGCGUGAGUGCUCGCAAAGCGCGGCCGCAGGCCGUCCGUUACACCUACGACGAUCAGCAGGAGCGGAUGCCGUGGCGCACGACGGCGAGCCAGCUCUUCAAAAGCGCUGGUCGGGGGUACUACAACGCGCAGCAUGUCGUCGGCGAAAUGGGCACUGUUCUCAGUAACGGGCCGGCGAAUACGGACGCGAUCUUCAACCUCCGGGACCAAAUUUUCGCGGAGUACGAUUUCUCGGUCAAAAAUGUGCUGCAGAUGAGCGAACCCAAGGUCAGCUCCAGUGCGUAUGCCGAAAUGUUCAAGAAAUCCAUCUACUUCGGGUACACUUUUCUUUCGAAGGCGGAGUUGCACCACUUGCUCGACAUUGUGAAUGCGUCAGAACUUUGGAGCGGCUACAAUUUGCUGCAGAAGAACUGCUGCCACUUUGUCGCCUUCAUGGCGGAGCAAGUGCUGGGUACCGAGUACGGGCUUCCUUACCGGCACUACUUGCUCGGGGAGUGUGGAAAUUACGUCCUACCCUACUGCUGCGCAGGACAGGGAUUCGAAAAGACCCAUUCCCGACGCGCUCGGAGUACAUGCUGCUAAGGGGGGGGCCGAUCUCGGCAAUUUUUGUCUGAUACCGGUACGUAGGUUUCUUUUGUUUUAUUCAUACAAACCUCAGCACAUUUUUUUGAGCGAUCGAUUUGUUUCCUUUCUUAUUCAUCGUUUUCGCUGGGAGUUCGAGUUGGAAACAAAUGAAAAAACUCCAGUUUACGCACGAAAAUGUCCUGCUGCUUCUAUCUUCGUUUGAUCUAUCAUCAUCCGCAUGCCGUUUCUGUUUCGCUCCUGCCUGUCAAAAUGAACAGCCUCUAGCAGACAAGAAUAAAGACUCGCUACGGGUUGGUGUGCCCUGAAAGAAUACUUCUGUAUGGAUACGAGAAGAUGCUACGCAGAUUCGUUACACAUACGCUCCAUUUUCGCGGACCAUUAUCUGCCUCGCGAUUUUUGUAAUCGAAUUGGGGUGUUUGACCCCGUCACGUGGCGCAAAGGCAAGACUUAUGAAUGACGCGAAGCAGAACUAAAACUUUUGCGUACUAAACUAACUUUGUUUCUACUUGAGCACGCUCUGUUAUAUCCAUGUCUGUCAAACCAAAAUCGAACAAAAGAUUGAUCGUGCAUUUUAGAAAAAGAAGAAAAGCAUCUUUUUCUGUUCGUUGUCUCGAGCCAAGGAGAAGCACUCCAUCAAUGAAACAGAAGUAGAAGUUUGAAGAAACGUAUUCUGAUUCAUUGCGUUGAAGCAAUGUGCUGCUGCUUUUGCAUUGCUGGCGACACUAGCUGGCCUGAUGCUGUUUCUCGAAAGAAGUGAAUGCAAAAGGAAAUUCCGAUGGCUGUUGCAGCUCGAAAGGUGAAGGAGGAAGCGCACACAGAUCGAUAAAGCAUUGCCGCAGGCACUGUUCUGGAAAAUGAAAUCAAAGAAAGAGUAGGACAGCGAAAAAAUGGGUCUUACUUACCUAGAAGAUGUGAUGAAGGAGC